GCUCCUUCCGCGCCUGUGCCCGACUCUCUAUACCGCAGAGGCCUGUGGGACUGGCGAAUGGUUUCAUAGCGGAGGAGGUGCCCGUGUGAGAGGAGUCCCGCCAUGGAGGCGCUCAUUCCUGUCAUUAACAAGCUGCAGGAUGUCUUCAACACGGUGGGCUCGGAUGUCAUUCAGUUGCCGCAGAUCGUGGUGGUGGGGACUCAGAGCAGUGGAAAAAGUUCGGUGCUGGAGAGUUUGGUGGGACGGGACCUGCUCCCUAGAGGUACUGGGGUAGUGACAAGAAGACCUCUGAUCCUGCAGUUGGUUCACGUUUCCUCAGACGACCGGCGCAAGACUUCUGGAGAUGAGAAUGACCUCAACUCCUGGAAAAAUCCGAUGCACUUUUCCAAAGGGGUGGAAGCCGACGAAUGGGGCAAGUUCCUGCACACAAAGAACAAGAUCUACACUGAUUUCGAUGAAAUCCGCCAGGAGAUCGAGAAUGAAACAGAGAGGAUUUCUGGGAAUAAUAAAGGUAUCAGCUCGGAACCCAUUCACCUGAAGAUCUUCUCCCCUAAUGUGGUCAACUUAACCCUUGUGGAUUUACCAGGGAUGACAAAGGUACCUGUCGGCGACCAACCCAAAGAUAUUGAAAUCCAGAUCCGUGAGCUCAUCCUGAGGUACAUCAGCAAUCCCAAUUCCAUUAUUCUUGCAGUCACAGCUGCCAACACCGACAUGGCAACCUCCGAGGCACUAAAGAUUGCACGGGAGAGCGACCCCGAUGGUCGCAGGACUCUCGCUGUCAUUACCAAGCUGGACCUCAUGGACGCAGGGACGGACGCUAUGGACGUGCUUCUGGGGAGGGUAAUCCCAGUCAAACUUGGCAUCAUCGGAGUGGUCAACAGGAGCCAGUUGGACAUUAAUAAUAAAAAGAUCGUGGCCGACUCUAUCCGGGAUGAGUACGGGUUCCUACAGAAGAAGUACCCCUCACUGGCGACUAGGAAUGGUACCAAAUACCUCGCACGGACUCUUAACAGGCUGCUGAUGCACCAUAUCCGGGACUGUCUGCCGGAGCUGAAGACAAGAAUAAAUGUCCUGGCAGCUCAGUACCAGACCCUGCUGAACAGCUACGGGGAACCCGUGGAAGAUAAGAGUGCCACGUUACUGCAGCUCAUUACAAAGUUUGCCACAGAGUAUUGCAACACAAUUGAAGGAACUGCAAAAUACAUAGAAACCUCUGAACUGUGCGGAGGGGCUCGUAUCUGCUACAUUUUCCAUGAGACGUUUGGAAGGACACUGGAAUCGGUAGACCCUCUCGGUGGCCUCACCACAAUCGACGUACUUACGGCCAUUAGAAACGCAACUGGCCCUCGGCCAGCCUUAUUUGUGCCAGAGGUCUCCUUCGAGCUGCUGGUGAAGAGACAGGUGAAGCGGCUGGAGGAGCCGAGUUUGCGCUGUGUUGAACUGGUCCAUGAGGAGAUGCAGAGGAUAAUCCAGCACUGCAGCAACUACAGCACACAGGAGCUGCUGAGGUUCCCGAAGCUUCACGAUGCCAUAGUUGAGGUGGUCACGAGUCUCCUGAGGAAGCGACUGCCAGUUACUAAUGAGAUGGUGCACAAUUUGGUGGCCAUUGAACUCGCCUACAUCAACACCAAACACCCAGACUUUGCAGAUGCCUGCGGGCUGAUUAACAACAAUAUAGAGGAACAGCGGAGGAACAGAAUAUCUCGGGAUUUGCCCCCACCGGCAGCGUCCAGGGAUAAGCCUCCUAAAGCAUCAGGGCCGCUGGCAUCCGCCUCUUUAGAGCCCUCUUCUGCCGAAACGGAUGGCAAGGCAGCUCCGGGGAGCAGCACAGGCGACGGUUUGCCAGAUGCUGGAACGGGCAACUGGAGGGGAAUGAUGAAAGCCAAGGGAGAGGAGGCUUCUGUCGAGGAGAAGAACAAGGCUCCUCCUGCCUUCCCAGCCAGCCCACUUCGGGGCCACGCUGUAAAUCUGCUGGAUGUGCCUGUGCCCGUUGCCAGAAAGCUUUCCGCCCGUGAACAGCGCGACUGCGAAGUCAUCGAACGACUAAUCAAAUCCUACUUUCUUAUUGUCAGGAAGAACAUACAGGACAGUGUGCCAAAAGCUGUAAUGCAUUUUCUGGUGAACCACGUGAAGGACACGUUACAGAGUGAACUCGUGGGCCAACUCUACAAAUCUCUGCUGCUUGAAGAUCUUCUGACCGAGUCGGAGGACAUGGCCCAGCGCAGGAACGAGGCGGCUGAUAUGUUAAAGGCGCUGCAGAGAGCCAGUCAGAUCAUUGCGGAAAUCCGGGAAACGCACCUCUGGUGAAGGGGGACCUGCACAUGCCAAUAUAGAGCUUGAACUUGAAUAAAUUGCUGAACGGAGGAGAGAAUGGCGGUCGGUGUAUACGUGGUAGAAUUUUAUUUAUAAAACCUCUAACCAUAUACAUUAUAAACUGGGGGGGGGAGGGGCUGUAUUUAGCAAUCCAUCAAAUAAAUCUUACAUCCAAUCCUGCUCCCAUCCUGAUUUCCUGAUCAUGUGACUGCAACACAGCAUGCUGGGACAUUAGUAGUCCAAAGGGUAGAGCUUGUGUUCUGGUUUAAGGAUCCGUUUGUUUAAUAUUGCACCCUAAGUAACACACAGAAUCAGCAUUCGGUUAUUUCCACCCACCUUUCUGAUUGGUUGUGUGUCCUGGACAUUCCUUUACUGCUUUGCCGCAAUGCAAACACCGUGCAACUCUAGUGGAGAAACAUGGUACUGCUUAUGUCCCUACUUACAAAGAACAAGCUGUAGUUACCCUUUAAUGCAGAUUUCAGGAAUAUAGACCUUGCUGUGCUAUAAAACAGCAGGGGGGGGGGCAGGUAUAUUACCCACAAUGCACUUAAUCUGUGUUCGGCAAAGACAUCUUUCCCCUUAAGGACUUGCCUGGUGUGUGUGUGUUGCAGUGUUCGCUUGUGUUUGUUAUAUUAUUAAAGGGAAUAGAAUUCAUGUUUUAUUACUUGUGGCUUCUGCAGCAUCUCUGUGCGCUCAAUACUCCAGGGAACCACGCUACAGGCACGAAACAUACGUGAGCUUGUGUGACACGCCAGGGAAUGUUCCUUUCCAUGCUGGAGGGGGGGGGGGAUAGUCUAUUUCUUACAAUGAAUUCCUUCUGUAUGUUUCAACAUGUCUGUGGUUAUCACUGUAAAUAAACUUGUCCAGCAGAAACGUCA